AUGUCUGGCUAUUGUGCGUCACAGCUCCUUCCCUUCAAAUUAGCGGUUUUGUUUUUCAAGCGAAUACGUGACUUCUAAAUUGGCCUUAUCGUACACACAUAAAUUGUGUAUGUGUGCGCGUUGAUAGACGGACCUGUGCAGAUCAAAUAAAACGAGUUCGAAUUGAAGGGCUGCAGUUCUAUGGAUGGUCGUGUCUGGCAAAGACGACCAAAACCAUCCAAGAAUCCAGUUCCUGCAGUAGGGCAUCCGUGGCUGAAGUGCAGCGUUCCCCACGCUCAUGUGACGUGCGAUGGCUCCUGUGCUGGGUGCCGUGUUGGGGCAGGGGGUGGCGGGGUCCGGCGUGACGGGCACGUCUGCGCUGGCUGACGGACAGCUGGCUGUGGUGGGUACCCUCACGGCUCUCUCUGCCUUCCUGCUCCUCUCCCUGCUCCUGCUGCUGUGUGCUGGAUGCCAAGGGCAGAAGAAAACAAAAGGACACCCGGGAGACCACGAGAAUCUGAUGAAUGGGGUCUCAGAGAAGGAUACGUGUAGCCAAUCGGCUGAUAGUCACGGCACUGAUUUAGUGGCCAGCAGCUCCCACAAUGGGCCACUCACAAGUGGUACAGUACUCACAGACACCAUAGACACAAGCCCUCACCCCUCCGAGGAGAUGCUGUCCAGCCAAUCAGAGCUCAGAUCCUCCAAGUGCCCACAGGACCGUGAACUGCCCAGCAUCCCACCUAACAGUGCCCUGGAGGCAGCCGUGGCCACGGCUGACACGCAGGCCGCCUCUGGUGAGGGCACCUAUGAGGUUGUGAAAGAGACUGCCUCACGCGAUGUCAGCGUGGAAGACUCACUCUACGAGACAGUCAAAGAGCUCAAGGACCCCGGUUUACCCAACGGUACGCUGAGCCCUGACCCACCGCCCCAGGCCACCGCUCUCCUCAACGGUCACCUCACCCCCAGCCCCGGGCCGGCCACCCCGGAGAGAAACUCGCUGCCCUCCGGCGCGGAGUACGCUUCGGUCGACCUGAACAAGAAGAGCCGUUACAGCACCGACAUGGAGGGCAGGCGUUCGGCCGUUAUCGCGGCCAAGGAGGAGGAGCCGGAGGAGGAGAACCCCCCGCCCAUCCCAGACAAGGUGCUGGAUGAGAACGACAACCAGCAGCUCAACCACCAACACAAUGGGCUGCACAACGGAGAGUUACAUUCUCCACUCUCGCCAACAACGGGGCCAACGUCAGAGAAUAACGCACCUCUAAACUGUGAGAUAACUGCCAUGUAUUCCACUGUGGUGAAGCCAGAGCUGGAGGAGAAAGAGAAUGACUACAGCAGCAUCGGCGAGAUUAAGGGCUUGGUGCCAGAGUCCAACUCCAGCGACCUUUACGCCACGGUAAAAGAAGUGUACCCAUCGUCUUCGAAUAGCCAACCCCAGGAGGAGAGGGUGGAAAACGUUGACCCUGGUUACGAAACCAUUAAGAUCCCAAAGACGGGAGAGGAACGCCAACAGGGAAACGGGCAAUUCGAACCUGACUAUGAGAGCGUGGCGGAGCUGGGCCUCAACAGGGAGGUGUCGCGCCUCUGACCUCCUCACCGAGGUUUGACACGGGCCUCCUCAGCCGAAUCUGUGGACUCCUGGUACCAAGCACCAACUACACUCUCCAUUAACCUGACCUUCUGAGGUUUCAAUUAGGAGUGUCAGUUUCUUGUUUGUUUGUUUGUUUUUUUGAAUAUCAUUUCAAUAUGGCACUUAUCAAAUUCAGCCAAGACGCGCAUCGCUAAGCAGAAAAGUUUUUUUUUUUUGCCCCUUUGGUUUUUAAUCUUUAUGCUCAUUCAAGAGUUAUGCAAUCGAACAGAAGCACUUCUUGAAACGUGUGGUGGCAUUUGAAUGUGUCGAAUUUGACGUGUGGGCGAAUCGGUGGUUUCCAUCGCGGUAGAAAGGGUGUGAAGACACUACAUUGCUUUGUAGGUGUCACUUGGUUUGAAUGUGAGUGAAGGGGGUAUUUCAUGCGAUCCAGUGUUGUGUAAGAGCAGCAUUUACAAGGGUUUUCUGAUCAUUCUGGCUACCAGUAAUAGAAGUAUCCCUUUUUAUAUCAACAGUAUUCCUAUUACCAUGUUUUAUUCAGACGGCAUGUUCUCGUGACUGUUGGCUCUGAACAGUGUCCCUGCUGCGAGUCCUGCUUUGCCACCAAGGGUUCGCACGAUAGGAGUUUAACAAAGUGCAAAGCUGAGCCACUCAGAGUCACGUCCUUAAAGUAAGAGGGUUGUCACUGCAACCAUGUGUGAUGAGAGCAUUGAGAGUCAAAUCGGAGAUAAUACACCUAUUCAUUUAGAGCAUUAGGAUUAUUUUUGUCUAAAAUGCUCUGUAAUAUGGCUGGUAAUUUCCUUAAGAUAAAUACCAAGGGCUUUUUUUUUUAUCGACGUAUCAUUUCAAACAUUAUACUGGUGACAUUUCAAGAUUUUUUUCAAGAUCAGAUUUUUGAGGGUACGAAAAGCUGAAAUGAAAUCAGACAGACUCUUGUAAAGUCGUCGACUAAUAAUUAUGAUUUAACAAAGAACAAAUGGUGGUGGUACAUGUAAUUCCUGUAUUUUUAUGGGGCGGAUAAUCACGGUUAGCAACAUAUCUGUUGAUGAUACAAUUUCACACCUUUGAGAUUUCAUCUGAAAUG